AUGUCAGCAUCCUUCUCUGACUUCCAGGACUCAGGGCUGAGGUGUGGCUCUGCUGCCUGGGCCAGUGGAGAUCUGGACCUGCUGGUGACUCUGGUCCAGAUGUGGGUGGUUCCUCUUUACUUCACCAUCAAACUGUACUGGUGGCGGUUUCUGUCCAUGUGGGGGAUGUUCUCCGUCAUCACUAGCUACGUCAUCUUCAGAGCCACCUGCAAGCCGCUGUCCUGCAGGACGCCGAGGAUGGUCUACAAGUGGUUUCUGCUCAUCUACAAGCUGAGUUAUGCAGUCGGGGUUCUGGGCUACAUGGCCAUCAUGUUCACCAUGUUCGGCUUCAACGUCUUCUUCAGGAUCAAGGCAGAGGACUCGAUGGAUGUUGGCGUCAUUAUGCUGUUUUAUGGACUUUACUAUGGCGUCAUGGGCAGAGACUUUGCUGAAAUCUGCUCGGACUGCAUGGCUUCUACAAUCGGGUACUACAACAAGGGUGGCAUGCCCAGCAGGAGCCUAACCAGUGAUAUCUGUGCGGUCUGUGGCCAGAGGAUCCUGGUGAACGUGGAGGAGGAAGGAUUUAUAGAAGACACCUACCAGCUCUCCUGUGGACACUUAUUCCACGAGUUCUGCAUCCGUGGCUGGUGCAUUGUGGGUAAAAAGCAGACGUGUCCAUACUGCAAUGAGAAGGUUGACUUGAAGAGGAUGAUGAACAACCCCUGGGAGAAGACGCAUGUCCUUUAUGGGCAGCUUCUUGACUGGCUCAGAUACUUGGUUGCUUGGCAACCCAUUAUCAUUGGUAUAGUUCACGGCAUUAAUUUCUCCCUGGGCCUCGAGUAAAGCCCCGAGGAACACCGCCGUAAGUACGGCUGGAGUCAAGUUACACUCAGGACACAUGUGAUAGCAAACUGUCACAGUAGGCGCAACAAGGAACCGAAUGCAGCUGCU